AUGUCAGAAGUUUUUGAAGCCGAAAAACAAUUAAAAAAUGGACAACCAUUCCACGGUGCCUGUUUACAAAAACACUUAAAAGAUGUUAAAAAACCAUUAGUUGGUUAUUACCCAGGUGAUGCUGAUCGUGUUCUUGGUAGCAAUUUUAAACAUGGCCAAACUCAACAACAACAACAACAAUCAUAA